AGGUGAAUUCUCAUAUAUACCCCUACCGACGGAUUUCAGAUUUCGAUAACAAACUGUCUAUUUAAAGGAGAAGAUCCCCAUCGAUGGGCAUUCCUGUCUGGCGUUAGCAUCGGCUUCAGCAUCAGCAGUAGCAUUUCCCUCCAUUUUGUUCACUGUACAACUUAGUCGGCUUUAAUGGGUACCGUUGUUGACGCUCCGAACAGGGAAGCAAAUGGAAGCUUGUCUGAGAAGAAGCCCACUGUUGUUUUUGUUUUGGGUGGACCAGGCAGUGGCAAAGGAACCCAGUGUGAAAAUAUUGUCAAUCACUUCGGGUACACCCAUCUCAGUGCUGGUGAUCUUCUUAGGGCAGAAAUUAAAUCUGGCUCUGAAAAUGGUACCAUGAUUCAGAACAUGAUUAAAGAGGGAAAGAUUGUUCCUUCAGAGGUAACAAUUAAGCUUCUCCAGAAAGCAAUGCUGGAGAGUGGUAAUGAUAAAUUCCUCAUUGAUGGUUUUCCUCGUAAUGAGGAAAAUCGUGCUGCGUUUGAAGUUGUUACUCAAAUUGAACCAGAAUUUGUCUUGUUUUUUUAUUGUCCUGAAGAAGAGAUGGAAAAGCGCCUUUUGAGUAGGAACCAGGGAAGAGAAGAUGAUAACAUUGAGACGAUUAGGAAGCGGUUUAAGGUUUUCUUAGAGUCUAGUCUCCCUGUUAUUCAAUAUUAUGAAUCUAAGGGUAAAGUUCGGAAGAUUGAUGCUGCAAAGCCAAUUGCAGAGGUUUUUGAUGCAGUUAAAGUCAUUUUUACUGCAAAAGAUGAGAAGGUAAAACAUCAUGCUUGUGUCAUCCUUUAGGUUCUCUAUUUGGGACAUGUAUUUCAGCUAGAGUGGUGGAGACAUUGGUUUGACUAGUUAUGUUUCAUUAGGGGUAUUGCAAAGAAUAUAAAUGUAUUAUUUCAUUGCUGCCAUGAUAACUUAAAAAGCUUGUUUCUAUGGAUAUUUUGGAUGGAAAAUGAUGUAGUUUCUUAACUGAACAGAAAUUGCUGUUACAGUUACAGAAAGGGAUUUUGUCAUUUGAAUGCAAUCAUGAACGUAGGAGAUUACUGAGUGGGUAUAAAGUAACUGUUUAAUUGA